AUGAGUGGGAUGUCAAGGAGGUUUGCGGUAUCAAAACCAAAAAGUGGAUCUUCUGCCCGUUACACUGAGCUGAGAGUCGCACACAGGAGCACCAUGCUGGCCGCAGGGGUCCUCAUCAUAAGCCUGAGUGUACUAAGUGUUCAUGGACAUGACCUGACUCUGGACGCCAUGUACAUUGAUUACGGGGAUGACUACACCACAGACGCCCCUCGCAUUUUUUCUGAUAUAGCUGACUGGAUGUUUGACCUCGUGGACGAGUCCAAUGUUUGUGAUCCAAAUCCUUGCUUCCACGGUGGCUCGUGCCAAAGUAAAUCUGAUACAAAAUUCACAUGCUUGUGUUUGGAGCCUUACAUAGGCAAGAGGUGUCAAAGAGUGAGAAACAUUUGUGAGAAUGUCAAAUGUGGUCGUGGUGACUGUGUUGUCAACCUAAAGAAGCCCCCAUUUUAUGAGUGCAAGUGCAAACCUCCCUUCCAAGGCCCCGACUGCAAGUCAUUGCCACCGUCUCCCUGUGAACCCAAUCCUUGCCAGAAUGGAGGCUCUUGCAUCAAAGGAAACCGCCGUUUCCGCUGUGCCUGCCCUGACGGAUACACUGGGAGGUUCUGUGAAACUGCUCCCACUGACUGUUAUGAGGGAAAUGGAGAGACAUACAGGGGUUGUGUCAGUAUGACAGAAGAAGGGAAGGAGUGUCUGGACUGGCAUUCCUAUUUCAUUUUGCUGAAUGGGGAUGAUCCGUUCACCUUGUACUCUGACUUCACUGGACUGGAAUAUAACAACCACUGCAGGAACCCCGACGGGGAUGACAAGCCUUGGUGUUUCUAUAAAAGUCAAGGCAAAUUGAACUGGGACUACUGCAAAGUCAAGAAGUGCAGUGGAGUCACCCCACCCACACCUGUUGAUCCGGAGCCUGCAGGCCCUACCCAGUUCUCCCAGUGUGGGAUAUCCCAGCCCUCUCGCACCAGCAGGAUUUUCGGUGGUAGCAAGUCUUUCCCUGGCGCCCACCCCUGGCAGGUGUCCAUGCAGGCCAGACCUAAAGGCUCAUCCUUUGAGUUUCGGCACAUUUGUGGUGGUAUCCUCCUCUCAUCCUGCUGGGUCCUCACUGCUGCUCACUGCAUUGAAUCUACUAAUGAAUUCCAAGUGGUGUUGGGAGGAGUGAACAUAGACAAACAGGAGGAGAUGGACCAGACCAUCCCGGUGAUACAAACGAUUGUCCAUGAGGACUACAGGCAGAGUCCCUCCGCUCUCUACAGCGACAUUGCUCUGCUUAAACUCAAAGUGACGGACAGCCCUUACUGUGCCAAGGAAACCCGCUUUGUGAAGGCCGUGUGUCUACCAGACGAGACCUUCCCAGCCGGAGAGGAGUGUGUGAUCUCUGGAUGGGGAGCCACUGAAACCCGUAAUAAACGAUUCCAGUACAGCAGCCAGCUGCUGAAAGCUCGUGUUUUCCUGAUCUCUCAGGAGCGAUGCAAAGCUCCUCACAUCUAUGGAACGGUACUGGACGAGAGCAUGUUCUGUGCAGGGACUUUGCAAGGGGGCAUCGACUCCUGUCAGGGUGACUCAGGCGGACCGUUGGUGUGUGAGCAGAACGGCACACACUACAUCACUGGUGUGGUGAGUUGGGGUGAUGGCUGCGGUAAGAAGAACAAGCCUGGCGUCUACGCCAACGUCCACACGUUUAUCAGCUGGAUUAAAAGCAAGAUCAACUGAAGAUGAAUGAACUGGACUGUGAAACGCU